CUUUAAUUAAUUGUGAGGCCUCCAGCUGCCCUGGAGCUUCCUUCUUCCUUCCUGUCUACCUCUGCGAUAGUUCAAUCUCUCUAUGGACAGUGUUUGGUGCGUGCUGGACGCGAACCUGUACCACCUGGGCUCAGAGCAGGCACCCGUCCGGUGACACAGUCUACUAUUCUGUCGGUCAAGCGAGCAGUUUUUUCAUGAUGAGAGGCGGCUUCUUCUCGCUACUGGUAGGAGUCUUACUCCUCUCGCACGUUCGGGCGGUGCCUGUUCGCCUUGGAAGCCCGCAGCAAUAUGCCCUGACGACUCCGGCUGGGUCCUCGUCUGCUCCUAUCUGGCAUGGGGCGGUGGUGAAAGGGGCGAAUGAGCACUGGCAAUUCGAUAGCGUUCCGACACAGAGCGAAAAUGAAGCGUCUCGUGUGGAGAUUGCCGACGAGGAACGGCCGAUCAACACGCUCAAGCUGUUGCGGAUGAGUGAAGAGGCCUUUACCCCAAGUUCGCCGGUGCAGACAGAUGCGGCAACUGGCACUGCGGAGAGCGAUACAGCGAGAACGAGCAGAGAACGGAGCCUGGAUCUUCAUGGCUCUCGAUACGGACGCUUUCUAAAACGCACAACAACAAGCACAGGGCUCCCCAGGGCAGUCGAUGCUGAGACAGACUUCUUCACGGAUCUAUCUCAUCUCAUUGACAAUCACGGCCCGGAGAUCGUCGCGCUGUGUCUGUUCGUCCUGCUGCCCAUAACUUUUCUCCUGGUCGAGAUGGCGGAACGGGUGUGGAGGCAUUAUACGCCGGAGCAGUUUCCCCAGCGCGGACGUGGUCCAGUACGACUCUGUGGGACGGAACGACAACUGAAGGCGUUGGCGAACUGCGAGAGAGAGAAGAUUGCCGCGAAGCAGUGGCGAAGGAAGCGUUGACUCGCCUAAAGAAGCGUUGAACCAUACUGAAUACUUGAUACCCCCCUAGCUUUUUUCCCUGUUUUUCUUUGCAUAAAGAUAUGUUAAUAUGAUGUACGGAACUAGUUAAUAAUAGAUAUGAACAUGAAAC